UAUUCUCAUAGGGCAGUAAAGAUAAUCAACACGCAUAUAUACCCAUAGCAAUGUCAACCCUCUGACAAGAGAAGACAAAUUAGUAUAUUAAACAGUGUUGAGAACAUUACAGCUGCUUAGAUCUUGUGUUAGCAGACUCAUCCACCAUGGCUCCCGCGCUUGUUGAAACAGUUCCUGUCCGCACAGCUCCCAAGGCCCAGCUUAAAACAGACACCGGGUUCAACAAAGAGCUCAUUUCCGGAAAUGCCACACCUUUUAACGCAGAGGGCGAGCUCAAGGGAACCGAUAAGCACCAGGCGGCUUCAUUCCCUAACUACCUCCCCGUCUGGGACAACGAGACAGAGAGAUACCCUCCUCUGACUCCGUUCGAGCACUAUGAUCACGGAAAGGAUGCAGACCCCUCAUUCGCCGACCUGCUGCCCAAGGACAAGGCUAAAGUCGAUCAUCUCACACCCACCAUCGGCAGCGAAGUCUCUGGCGUCCAGCUCAGCCAACUGAGUGCUAAAGGAAAGGACCAACUGGCCUUGUUUGUUGCCCAACGGCGAGUUGUUGCCUUCCGAGACCAGGAUUUUGCCCACCUCCCCAUCGACAAGGCCCUUGAAUUUGGAAGCUACUUUGGCAGACACCACAUCCACCAAACCUCUGGUGCCCCCAAGGGCUACCCAGAGAUUCACCUCGUGCACCGCGGCGCCGACGACACGACUGGCGCCUCGUACCUGGAAACCCGUACCAACACCGUGACCUGGCAUUCGGACGUCACCUUUGAGAAGCAGCCUCCCGGAACGACAUUCCUGUACGUACUCGACGGCCCCACGACCGGAGGCGACACUCUCUUCGGGGACAUGGCCCAGGCGUACCGUCGUCUCUCGCCCGAGUUCCGGAAGAGACUGCACGGGCUGAAGGUCGUUCAUUCAGGUAUCGAACAGGUGAACAGCAGUCUGAACAGGGGUGGAAUUGCGCGUAGAGACCCCAUUCAGAGCGAGCAUCCUCUUGUCAGGACCCACCCUGUAAUCACGCGAUACAUUGUUGGCUACAAGAAGGAGGAAUCAGACAACCUCCUCAAGUUCCUCUUCGAUCACAUUGCUCUUUCGCAGGACUUGCAGGUUCGUGUCAGAUGGCGGCCAGGAACCGUCGUUGUAUGGGAUAACCGAAUCACUGCACACUCCGCCCUCCUCGACUGGGAAGAUGGGCAGAGACGCCAUCUCGCACGCAUCACCCCGCAGGCGGAAGCUCCAUAUGAGACACCCUUCGAAGGAUAAACGGGACAAGGAACAAGUGGUAGGUACAUAAAAGGUUGACAGAUGUGAUGUAACAUCUAUGAAGAUAUCAAGCAACCCAAGAAUGAAAUAAAUGACGAAAUAACCCCCCCCUCAUUAAACCGUAGAUUCUUCUUCCAUCCUAAAGCAUCCCCUCUGGCAAACACAAGUAUCUUGAAUCGGAGACCGUCGUUUCAUGGACCUAUCAUGAGGUGUUAGCUUUAUGUCCAGCGAUAGCCAAGUACACCCGGCAAGAG